UGAGAAAAUGAACAACAAAGGAAUAACUUUUCAUUUCUCUAACCCCAACCCGGCCUGGUCAACUUCGUCUACUUCGCAAGCGUUCCCGGAAGUCUCGCGAUGUUUCGCCUCCGGGUUUAGAAACUCAAUAAUCUUGCAUUCAGACGUAAAGUGAAACGUCUGAAAGCGUUUUACGACAUUUCGUUCUCAGUCGGUAGUUUAGCUUGCUGAGUUUUUCUUGUUCAUUUUAAACCGCAACACGGUCUGGUGUGGGAAGAGGAAUACCAGACAGUGGAUAGACUUGCAGCAGCACAACAAGGGUCGUGUGAGAUUAUGGUGUUUUUAUUUUCACUGUAAAUCAAAUCUAACCAAAAGCUUCAAUUUGCUGCCUGCAAAAGCAGACAAAACUGUUGUGUAUAGAAUAGAACAGCAGACUUUGUUGGUUUGCAGCCUCUGGUUUUACCCACACACCAGAGAAAAUGGCGGAACUUGAGGACGCAGGACUGCCCCGAACAAUGCAGGAGAACCGAAAUGAAGAGGAUCCGGGCAAUUCAAAGGCAGAGGAGAUGGACAUCCCAGAAGACCUGCAAGAAGACAACCUGAUCGAGCAGGAACACUUCCACAGUUCUAAUUAUGAGAAGCAAGAUGGACAUUUGGCAGUUAGGAGGAAUGUAAUAUUAGAACGAACUAAAUUCAACCAAAGACAACAAGAAGCAGGAGAGACAGCUGAUGAUUUUAUCACUGCACUUCAUUGUUUGUCAGAACAUUGCGGUUAUGGAGCUCUGCUCAGUGAGAUGAUAAGAGACCGACUAGUCAUGGGCUUACAUGACAAAAGACUGUCCAAGCAAUUACAAAUGGACCCAGAAAUAACACUGGAUAAAGCUGUCACACGCAUUCGUCAAACUGAACUUGUGAAAAAGCAACAGGACCUGCUGGAGCAUACCUUCAAAGCUGCCAGCAGUGCAGCAAAUGUAGAGCGUGUGCUUUCACAUAGCAAACAGCAAUGCCCAGCCAAUGCCCAGUGCCAAUCAGAGAAGAAGAAUCAAAACUCAGAAAGACCACAACAACCCCAAACAACGCAGGAGAAUGAAGAGGAGCCCCAAGAGACUGGUGGCACUGAUGAGUGGAUCGAGGGUUUCAGUCCUGGAGGAGAGAAGCCACACUACUGCUUCCACUGCGGUAAGAGCUUUAGAAAAGUGAGGGAUCUUAUAAGACACCAACGAACACAUACAGGAGAGAAGCCUCACCACUGCCCUGAUUGUGAACAAAGUUUUGCUCGAUUAGAUCGUCUUAAGUCACACCAGCUAACACAUACAGGAGUGAAGGCUCACCAAUGCCCUGAUUGUGACAAAAGUUAUUCUCAAUCGUAUCAUUUGAAAAGACACCACCAGCGAAAGCAUAUGAAAGGGAAAUACUUCCACUGCAAUCAUUGUGAGGAACUUUUCUCCAAACCAGAAGAUCUAAAAACACACAUGCAUUUACAUGCUGAAGAAAAUGCAUACCUUCCGCAAGAAACUCAUACAGGUGAGAAGCCUUACCACUGCUCUAUCUGCGACACAAGUUUUGUGGGAAGGCAGAGGUUUAUAAAACACCAACUAACACACAUGGAAAAGAAACCUUACCACUGUUCAAGGUGUGAUAAAAGAUUUCCUGACAUGGAAAAACUAAGAUCACACCUUCCAGUACAUACUGGAGACCUGGCACUCCACUGUUCUGACUGUGGAAAGUGUUUCUUAAACAAGACAAAGUUUGAAAGACAUCAAAGAACACACACUGGAAGUGUACUAUACCUCUGCACUGACUGUGGGGAGGGUUUUACAAAUAUGCAACAGUUGGAAGGGCACCAGCGAAUGCACACUGGAGAGAAACCAUACCACUGCACUGAUUGCGGGAAGAGUUUUGCGCUUGAAAAAACAUUUAAGUGUCAUAAGCAAGCACACAAGUUCAAACUCUCUGGAGAAAGAGCAGCCUAUCCUUGCUUGGAAUGUGGAAAUACUUUUUCUCGUUCAUGUGACGUGAUGACUCAUGUGAGAAGGGUGCAUAAUAAAGAGAGACCUUUCCAGUGCUCCUGCUGUGGGAAAAGAUUUUUCCAAAAGAACUCUCUUACAAUACAUAUGAGAAUUCAUACUGGAGAGAAACCGUAUCGCUGCUCAGACUGUGGACAAAGCUUCUCCCAAAUUAAUGACAGAAACGCCACCAGAAGAGGCAACACUCUGGAGAGGAGACAACUUCUAUCCUACAGUCUGAAAGGGAAAGUCAUAGAGACACUCAAUAAGAAAGGACUACUACAACAGAGACACACAAAAUGCAAUAUUAGCGGUAGGAAGAUUAACGGUAGCUACUGA